AUGGCUGCUUUCCGUGGCGGCGUCUUGCCAUUGCUGGCCUUGUUCCUGGGGUUGGUGUCUUUUGCCUACGCCCACAGCAAGACGGUCUCCUUUCAAGUGAGGUUGACCUGGGAAGAUUGGGCUCCUGCGGGUAUUCAUCGGAAGAUUAUCUUGUCCAAUGGCCAAUUCCCAGCUCCCACAUUGAAGCUGAAACAAGGAGAUGAUGUUGAAUUUCUCGUGAUUAAUGACCUCCCGUUUGAGACUACGAUCCACUUCCAUGGUAUCGACCAAGCUGGUACACCUUGGUCCGACGGCGUCCCGGGUCUCUCCCAGAAGCCCAUCUCCGCUGGAGAGUCAUUUCUAUACAAAUGGCGGGCAACGAACUAUGGCAGCUACUUCUACCACGCCCAUAACCGAGGUCAAUUGGAGGAUGGUUUAUAUGGGGCUAUCCACAUUCUCGCGGACAAAUCUGUGGAAAAGCCCUUCAGCAUGAUCGCUAAGAAUCUUCAAGACCUCCACGCCAUGGAGGCAGCUGAGAAGAAGUCUACCCCCAUCAUUCUGUCGGAUAUACGCCAAUUGACCUCGGAAGAGAUAUGGAAUGCGGAGGCUGCCAUGGGACGUGAUGCGUACUGCGCGAAUGCGCUUCUGGUAAACGGUAAAGGAUCCGUGAGCUGCCUCGGGCAGCAAACAAUAAAUCAAUAUACCAGCGCGGCACAGAAAGUGAUUUUAGGGAAUGCAAGUCUUACUGACAUUGGAUGCGCUCCCCCCACGAACGCUCUCAUGCAGGGGGACUUCCCUUACAAUGCCAGCGCCAUCCCAGAAUCCGUGUUUUGGGGUUGUACUCCAUCGGAUGGCUCAAUUGAGCGGUUGUGGGCUAAUCCUAAAUCAAAGUAUGCGAGCUAUGAUCUAAUCAAUGCCGGGGGCAUUGAGACUAUCACAUUCGCCAUUGAUGAACAUCCCAUGUAUGUUUAUGCGAUCGACGGUCAGUAUAUCGUGCCGACUUUAGUGGAUGCGAUAACUAUUCCGAAUGGCAAUCGCUACUCCGUGCUGGUCCAGCUCGACAAGCCGGCAGGCGACUAUACCAUGCGCUUGGCGAAUACCGGGGUCAAUCAAAUCCUCAAUGGGACUGCCCUCAUGUCAUACGGGCCCGGUGCUAAAGAGCAGAAAAAGUCUUCAACCCCAUAUAUUGACAUUACGGGGGCAGUUACAUCAUCCAGCUAUACCAUUCUCAAUGAGUCAACAAUCGUUCCAUUCACCGACGCGGUACCCGGCCGUGAGGUUGCUGCGACUCACAUCUUAACUCUAGAGCGCUAUAACGCGUCCUACCGCUGGACGCUAGGAAACUCCAGCUUUCCCUUGGCACUGGAGAAAGAUGCCCCGCUCCUUUUCUACCCUUCAACGGCGAAGAAGGACUUCACUGUCAAGACUCUCAAUGGAACCUGGGUUGACCUGAUUUUUUCUGUGGCCAACGCCCUUCAACCUCCUCACCCGAUCCAUAAACACUCCAAUAAGUUCUUCGUCAUAGGUCAAGGCGAGGGAAAGUGGAAUUAUUCGUCAGUAGCAGAAGCGAUGGAAUACAUCCCCGAGAGCUUCAAUCUGGAGAACCCACAGCUCCGGGAUACUUUUGUCACCCCCGCAGCCCGGACGGGGCCCACAUGGCUGGCACUCCGGUACCAAGUUGUCAACCCCGGAGCGUUCUUACUUCACUGCCAUAUACAGGUGCAUCUGAGCGGGGGGAUGGCAAUGGCAUUACUGGACGGCAUUGAUGCGUGGCCCGAGAUUCCACCAGAAUAUCAGGAGUUGGAAUCCGCAUCCAAGGUGAAGUAG